AUGCUACUACACCGACUAGUACCCAGAGUGAUACCGAGAGUUGGAAAGUAUAUUAGACCUUCUUGGGUUUUACACUUUCUGACCUCGUCAGAUGCUGACAAUUUAACACAUGAGAAUAGAAAAGUUAUCAUUACUGAAAGCGGAAAAAAUCACAUCGAUUCCAAGUAUUAUCCUCUGAUUUCAACCGUUCGUCAAAGACUAUCAGCUAGUGAAAAACUAAGAGUCAAGGAAUUUUGUAAAGACUUUAAAGAUGUUGUCAAAUUUCUGGAUGUGGAUAAUAACCGACUGUUUGAGAAUUAUUUGCUUGAAGGGAAGAUAACUAGCAUGAGAAAAUCAGGCAAAGCUAUGUAUUUUAUUGAUAUAAUCCAGGACAAUUGUUCAGUACAGAUUAUGGCAACUAAUAAAUUAAUGGGGAUGGAUCCCGCUGCUUUUAAUGAGUGUCACAGUUUUUUCAAAAUUGGCGAUUAUAUUGCUGUUAGGGGUUACGCUUCGAGAACCAAAACUGGGGAAUUGACUUUGAAAUUGAAUAAACCCAUUGAAAUGUUGACACCCGUUUUACUGAAGGUACCAAAUAGAUUAGAGGAUCGUGGCUUGAUUAAUAAUAAUAGAGUGUUAAAUUAUUUGGUGAACCCAGAUUCCAAAAAUGCAAUAAUUGUCAAGUCGAAAGUCAUUCAAGCAAUUCGAAAUUUUUUACUUGAUAGAGAUUUUUUGGAAGUGCAGACACCGAUAUUGAGUGGUCAAGGCACUGGCGCUAAUGCAACUCCAUUUGUGACAAAAUUCAAGGGGGAUCCCGUUCAUUUGCGUGUUGCACCGGAAUUAUGGUUAAAGAAAUUAGUGAUUGGUGGGUUUGACAGGGUAUUUGAAAUAGGCAGUAACUUUAGGAAUGAAGGCAUUGAUAUGACUCACAAUCCUGAGUUUUCAACUUGUGAAUUUUAUCAAGCUUACACCAGUUUGGAUGAAUUGAUGAAAAUGACAGAAGAUAUGUUUGGUUAUGUUUUUGCCAAAUUGGGGGUUACAAACAAAUUCCCUGUUGGUAAUUUCCCAAAAUAUGAGUUUCUUCCUACGAUCGAACAAAAGACUGGAAUCCCCAUAACUGAUUUGACAUUGGAUGGAUUGGUUAAUUAUUACAAGAAAAUGAACUUGACCAUACCACCGAAUCCCAAUCCGGUUAAAUUGUUGAAUAAUUUGUCAGAAAGAUAUUUAGAAUCAAUUUGUUCGGAGCAUCCAAAUACCCCAGUCUUUAUAUAUAACCAACCAGAGAUUAUGUCGCCAUUGGCAAAAUCAACCACAGAUGCUGCAGGUAAUAGAAUUUCAUCGAGGUUCGAAUUAUUUAUUAAUGCCAGAGAGAUGGCCAACGCAUAUGAAGAAGAAAAUGAUCCAUGUAAACAAUUGGAAAAAUUCAAGUUGCAGCAACAAAUGAAGACUGCUUAUAAUGACCAAGAAAUGUUGAUUCCAGAUCAUAAUUAUGUUCGAGCAAUGGAAUACGGAUUGCCUCCCACAGGUGGUUGGGGAUGUGGCAUUGAUAGACUUGCAAUGUUAAUUGCAGGAGCAAAUAGAAUUGAAGACGUUCUAACAUUUGGGACCUUGCUGUCUGUUUUGAAGAAUUGA